UUCGUGAUUUGGGUUUCUGCCUAAAAAUUCGUCAGGGUUUCGGGCACGGGGUGCUACCCUAUCCUAAAUCUCUUAAUUUUCCUUCGCCUAUAUUAACGAUUCUAAAUGAUAUCCUCUAUUUACUAUUAAACGAAUACUAAAAAUUUCAGUUUUUGCAACAACUGGCGUAUUUAUUUUAAUAUUUUUGAUACUCUUCGUGACGUAAGCAUAGAAUAUGAAAAUAUUGGAAUUUUAUUUGCACAAAUUUUUCACUUUGCUAAUACUUCUGGAGAAUUAUUUAUGCAUAUUAUCACAACAAUCUUAGGGCAACUUGGGCAUUACAAACCAAAAGAUAACAUUAAUGUGAUUGAUAAUGAAGUCAAUUCUGCAAGGGAAAUCGUAGGCAUCUUUGUUAACAGAUUUAAGAAUAAAAAAAUGGACGACAUUGAAAUUGUCAAUAAUACUGGUCAACUAAUUAUAAACACUCAACGUUCUGGAUUUGCCCCGAUGAAUGAUCCUAGUAAAAAGUUAUCAGACUUUUACGAAUCAAUAAACAAAUUCGAGCUAAAAGGAGGAAUUUUCAAUCCAGUGUUUGUUAAAAUUUAA